AUGUUCCCAAGUAUAGACCAUCAAUAUGAAGGGAUUCUCAAGUUACUGCUACACUUCGGAUGGCUCUGGACUGGCGUGUUGAUUGUGAAUGAUGAGAAUGGAGAGAGGUUUCUACAGAGCGUGGUUCCAAAAUUUAUUCUGAGAGGAAUCUGCUUUGAUUUCAUCGGAAGAUUUCCAUCAAUUUCUUAUUCUGAUGGUGUUACGGACUUGGUUGCAGAUGGGCUCAAGACAUUUAAUGUUGCUAUGAGAAGUACUGUUAAUGUGUUGAUCAUUCAUGGAGAAAUUGAUUCCAUGACACUUUUGAGAAUGCUUCCUGCUGUGUCAGAAUAUGAAGAUAUACCAAUAAAGGCUAAAGGUAAAGUUUGGGUCAUGACAGUACAGAUGGAUUUCACAUCACUUCCCUAUCAGAGAGAUCAGGACAUAGACUUCCUCCAUGGUACUCUAUCCUUCACAAUUCACUCAGAGGAGGUCUUGGGAUUCCAGGAAUUUGUUCAGAUGAGAAAUCCCAUCUUGGAAAAAGAAGAUGGCUUUAUGAGGAUAUACUGGGAAAAGGCAUUUCAGUGUCAUUUCCCUGACUCUGAGGGAAAUAUGCAGGGUGGAGAUAUUUGCACUGGGGAGGAGAAGCUGGAGACUCUUCCUGGCUCUGUUUUUCCAACAAGCAUGACUGGCCACAGCUAUAGCAUCUACAGUGCAGUCUAUGCUGUGGCACACGCUGUGCAUGCCAUGCAGUCAUCUAAGUUGAAGCGCAGGGUGGCCGAAGCUUUGGAAUCAACAGAUGUGGAAGAAGUCUCUGUGGUUGCACAUGCUUUGCAUGCCAUGCACCCAUCUAGACUCAAACACAGAAUGACAGUGGAUGAAGGAAGAACAUUUCAGAAUGAGCAGUUGUGGACGCUCAACCACUUUGUUAAAAGCAUCUCAUUUAAUAAUAGUGCUGGGGGAAAAGUUUCAUUCAACCAAAAUGGAGAGUUAGAGUCUGGAUUUGAUAUUAUAAACUGGGUCACAUUUCCAAACCAGUCCUUUCGGAGAGUGAAAGUUGGAAAGAUCGACCCCAUGGCUCCCCAAGAAGAAGAGUUCAGCAUUUGUGAAGAAGCCAUUGUGUGGCCCAGCAGGUUUAACCAGGCCCAGCCUCUUUCUCUUUGUAAUGCCAAUUGUCCUUUGGGUUAUCAAAAAACAAAGAAGGAAGGGAAACCAUUUUGUUGCUAUGAUUGUGUAUUAUGUCCAGAAGGGAAGAUUUCCAACCAGACAGACAUGGAUGAAUGCUUUCAGUGCCCACCAGAUCAUUACCCAAAUGUGGAAAAGGAUUCUUGCCUGCCAAAGAACAUACAAUUCUUGUCUUAUGGGGAACCCCUGGGGAUCUCUUUGGCCUGCUUUUCUGUUUCCUUGUCCUUCCUUACAGCUUUGGUGCUUUGGAUUUUCAUUAAGCACCAGGACACUCCCAUCGUCAAAGCCAACAACCGCAACCUCUCCUACACUCUCCUCAUCUCCCUCUUGCUUGCUUUCCUUUGUGCUCUUCUAUUCAUCGGUCGACCUGAGAAAGUGACAUGUCUCCUUCGACAAACAGCUUUUGGCAUCAUCUUUUCAGUGGCAGUUUCUUGUGUGCUGGCCAAGACAAUCAUUGUGGUCCUUGCUUUCAUGGUCACCAAACCAGGGUCCAACAUGAGGAAAUGGGUGGGGAAACAACAGGCCACUUCCAUUAUUCUUUCCUGUUCCUUGAUUCAAGCUGCUCUUUGUACUGUGUGGCUGGCAACUUCUCCCCCAUUCCCAGAUUUAGACAUGAACUCAAUGAGUAAAGAAAUUGUUCUGGAAUGUAAUGAAGGGUCAGUCACCAUGUUCUACUGUGUCUUGGGGUUUAUGGGCUUCCUGGCCAUUGUCAGCUUCUCUGUAGCCUUCCUAGCCAGGAAGUUACCUGACAGCUUUAAUGAAGCCAAGUUUAUCACCUUCAGCAUGCUGGUAUUUUGCAGUGUGUGGCUCUCCUUUGUUCCAACUUACUUAAGCACCAAAGGAAAAUAUAUGGUGGCUGUGGAGAUCUUCUCCAUUUUGGCCUCCAGUGCUGGUUUACUAGGCUGUAUCUUUUUCCCAAAAUGUUAUAUUAUUGUGGUGAAGCCAGAGCUGAACAACAAGGAGCAGUUAAGAAGAAGAAGUCACUGA